GACCAACAAAGAAGUCUUUUACUACCCAUCACAAAAUUAAGUGAGUGUUAUUAAAUUUUUAACGCUUGAAAAAGUUGAUGCAAACCUCCAGGAUGAUGAAAAACUCAUCACCAGGCUCUCCCUGCACCACAAUUUUCUGGCCAUCUGCAAACUGCACGGUCUCCAAGGCAUCAGCCACUGUCAGACGCUCCCACUUCUCCAAAGACUCUGUUUACAUCAAAAUAAAUCACACUUUUUGUAUAUAUAUAUAUGGUCAAUGACAGGUAAUUUGACUCAGCCAAACAAUACAGAUCAACUUUACUUCUUACCUAAAAUGGAGACUUUGCUCAGGAACUCCUCGUACAUCUUGCGUUUCCUCAGAGUGCUUCCCUAAAAUAAUUUGAAAUGUUGGAUAUUCUUUAAUUUGCCUCCAACAAUCUGGUCAGAUAUCUUUGUCCCACUAUAAACAGACACCAAUAGUAAUUAUCAGCCAAAGCAUUGACUUCCAUUAGUUUCACGUCUUAACACCUUACCAUCAGUAUUCUCCUGUAGCUGUCUCUGUCUAUGCCCCACAGCUUGACGUUUGACUUUGCCCGAACAGUAGCUGCACGAGGUGUCCCGUAGAUCAGAGCCAGCUCGCCAAAACUGCCCCCCUCCCCGAUGCUUGUCACCCACUCAUUGUUCACGUAAACCUGGAAAGAGAAAAGAGAGCAAGAUUGACUCAUCAGGGUUCUGAUGACACACUGUAUAUCUUUCCACUACAGCUACAAAUGGCUGAUUAUUGCCUGUUAGGCUUGUCUUUGAUUUUAUUAUUAUUAUUUUUUUUAAUUUAUUAUUAUUACUAUUAUUAUUUUCUUUUCAUAAAGCCUUGUCUUUUGGUUUUGUUUUUACUUCAUCAUUAUUUUUAUCAUGUUCAAAUAAAGAUAAAGAUUAAAGAUUAGAUUAAGAUUAAAUGAAAAAAAUGAAGCUGUGUCAAAAUCAGUAUAGAACAGGAAGUAUUAAGUUUUAUCUGGCAGUCACAUUUUACAUUCACACCCUCCCCCGCUCACGUCUCUCAAAGUGGAGUUACGGUGGCUUACAAGGACAAAAAGUAUACGAUACGAGUUGGUUUGUUUUUGCACACAACAAGCACUUGUUUCCUCUUUAUCUUCCAGCUGGUGCAUUUUAUGUGACCACUCUAUGAAUACUCUCCCAUCAUGUACUCUCUGUUUCUAAUACACACGAUUAAUUCUUAGUUAACACAAAUAAAAUGAUUUUGUUUGUCUAAAAGGGGCCUUAAAAUCAGUUUGAGUUCUUCACAGAAACAAUGUUUUUGUUUGUAUUUUGGCCACUAGAGGACAGCAACAGCUUUUCAUAUUAUUAAUAAACACGGGCAGAUGUUUGCUAGAGCUCAAAAGUAAGCACAAAGAUCUUACAUCCAUCUCUCCCUGGUCGAUAACAUAGAAGUUGUCUCCUUCAUCACCUGGAACAGAAAAGGUAAAAAGUUCACUGAAAGAAGGAGAAUGAAGAGAGUGACAAAGCAGCAGUCUCCAAUAAAAAGUGGUCUAGACUCACCCUGCUGAAUGACUGUUUCUCCAGCCAUGUAGUUGACAGAAAACAUCGCAUCAAAAAUGUCACUGUGGGCAAAAACGACGAAUUAGCUUGAGAUGUUUUGAAAAUGAUUCUCAAACAUUUAUGUGAGUGAUUUGGACGCCAUACCUCCUCUCGUUGUCAUCUAAGUGGGCGAACAGCACGUUCCUCUCCAUGGCUUUGGCCAGAGCGGCCAUGCUUGUGUAGUCUUUGGGGAUGACCUUCAGUAAAAACAAUAAUAAAAACAAAGAUUCCUUUUCCAUACAUCAGUGAAUAUCAGGAUAAACCUACAAUAGAAUCAAAACUAAAGUAGUUUAAGCCACACAUUCACCCCUAAGUAAAGUACAAUUAAAGGCAAUACUGCUCCAAUUUUAGCAGACAAAUCCCUUGAUUUGUGUCCUUUUAUGACUUUAUUUGUUUUUGCAACAUGAUAGUAUGAGGAGAUGACAUUUUCCCUCAUUAAUAUACAAACUUCAAAUAAAAAAGAAAAUUGCAACAGGGUCAUAAAGAUCUGUGUGAACAAAAACGAUCUUAUCAUCUCUGACCUUUCGAACAUAGGAAGCAGCAUCUUCCUCAUUGUACACCUCAGCGCUUAUGGCCCCUCUUCGGCUUCGACCCUUCACCACAGGGUUCAUGGGUGGGGAAACUUCAUCCUCACGGGAGUCUGACCGUAGCCUAGACCUCUGUUGCACAGCCGCCUGCUGGGCCUCCUCCUGUGGUGCAACAUGAACACAAAACAACACCUUAAGACAACCUACCUGUAAUUAUCCCUCCACAGAUUCAUGCUGAGAUAAAAGGUGUCUUCACACGGUCAUAGAACAAACAUGCAGGGGACCCCCAAUGUGGAGCUGAUUUUGCAAAGCAGCUCUGCUACUAAGCAGGUCAGAAUCAUUACUAAAUAAGGUUACCAGGUUUCUCUAAACUGAGUUAGAGGUGUUUGGGUAAAAUCCUCUCUUAAUGCUUAUAAAAAGAUAAGAUAUAAGAUAUAAUAAGAGAUAUUGGGGUUUCACUCAGCACCACUGUCAGCACUCACCUUCUCCAAUCUUUCAAAGUAGUCCCUGAGGAAGGCCAUGGGCCGAUCCGGCUGGGCUGUGCAUAGCUGGACUAUGCAGUCCUUCAACAGUUGCUGGAUGUUGUGUUUCUUGACAUACUGCUCACACACUCGAAGGCUCUGCUCUUCCUCGCUGCUUGCACUUUUAGAUGCCAUAUUUUUCUUGUGACCUGGAAGGACAAAAGAGAAACACAAUCACAAAUGAGAGAUCAGUUCAACCUUUAUUGAAACCAAAACCACCUCAGUGGGGAGUCCCUGUGCUCUACCACAGGUUCCUCUGAAUCAUUGCUGCAGACCUGUUCCUGUCUUGGACCUGUCUGCUUUUUUAGUAUUUUUAGUCUGCAUUGUACCUAAUUCUUCUUAUAUUUAAUUUUAUUUUGUGUUUUUUGCUGCUGUAACUAUCUAUCUGUGUGUGUGUCUAUCUAUCUAUCUAUCUAUCUAUCUAUCUAACAAGAAGCUGAAUACAGAGAUCUGAUAAGAGCCUUUAGUGACUGGAGCCACACAAACUGCCUCCUCCUCAACACCUCAAAGACAAAGGAGAUGGUCUUCCAUAGAUCCAAACCCCCUCUUCCCCUCUUCAGCCAGUGUGAACAUCUGUGGAGUGGACAUUGAAGUGGUGACAUCAUAUAAAUACCGAGGUGUACAUCUGGAUAAUAAGUUGGACUGGUCUAAUAAUAUAGACUUCAUCUACAGGAAGGUGGAGAGCUGCCUCUUUUGCCUGAGAAGACUUUGAUCAAUAGACAUCUGCAGUAAGAUGCUGCAGAUGUUCUAUCAGUCUGUGGUGUAGAUCUACAGUGUUCUGUUCUACGCUGAUUUCUGCUGGAGAGGAAACAUCAUAUACAACGAUGCAAGACGUCUAAACAAACUGGUGAAAAAGGCUGGCUCAGUGGAGGAUGUGAUGGAGAGAUCUACACUGAAGAAGGUGAAGACUAUUCUAAAGAACAUGGAUCACUUCACAACACCUUGAUGGACCAAAGGGCCAAUGGUGGUGGACGGUUCCUCUCUCUUCACUGCAGGACAGAAAGAUUCAAAAGAUCUUUUGUACUAACUUUAGACUUUACAACUCUUGUGUAAAUAGAUAACUUUUAGAGACAUGUCAUGUGAGACAACAGGCAAUUGAAUUUCCCUUUAGGGAUUAUAAAGUUCUUCUUCUCUCUAAACCUAAUGCAGUAUCGGCAGAUGGCUGUCUGGUUCUGCUCAAGGUUUCUGCCUGUUAAAGGGGAAUUUUCCUUUUUGCUGUAACCUGCUGUAUGCUAAAUUAAUGGAUGGAUUGAGCUCAUUGAUCGUUAAACUAUUAUAUCUGAUGAAUCAUGAACUUAUUUCAGCCCCGUCAAGUUCCUCAGACCUGAUCCAAACUAACAGUCGAGACUUUCAGGUUGACUAUAUAAGGAAGCGAAGAGGACGUUGUUGAAAACUGUCUGGUAAUGGAGAAUUUGCGAAUAUUUUUUAACUCAAACUAAGUAUAAACGGUAGAUUUACUUUGCAAACAGUACAUGCUUACUGACUGUAGAUUUAUCGUGAGCAUUUAAAGUACAAAUGAUAAGUUUCUGUAACAAAGCCUGAGGAGUUUUUCAUGAUGCAUGUCGAUGCUAGCGAGCCUGCUGUUAGCCUUUCACCGUCAAAAACAACAACAAACAACACACCCCGGUGGACAAAAGCGCUCACAAACUUCGACAAACUGUGUCCAUGAAACAAUUACAUCAACUUUGUAUAUUAAAACAGCACAAACUCUCCUACCAAAUAUGAAAUGACGUGUGGGCUGCUUGUUUAUCUUCUUGAUGGCAAAUGUCUUCCACUUCCGGUUGGGUCCUUUCACAAUAAAGGCGCCUUCUCAAAAGCGACAAAUACAACCAGGUAACUUUCAAUUUAUUUUUCGUCUUCUUCCUUUUCUACGUCAAUAUUUUUAAUAUCUUUACUGUAGGUUAUUUUUUAUCUUAUGAUCGAUUUGUUGUGAUUUUGAAUAUGAAGCCGUCUGAAAUACGUUUUAUUUUGGGGAUACGUUUGGAUUAAAAAAUAUCUCUGGAUAUUAUUUUUUCAAUCUAUCAGAAAAUUAACUGGUUUUUUUUAAACUAUCUAAAUAGUUUUCCUUUUUAUGUUUUGUUUGGCUUGGUUACAAAUUCUGCUGUACAGGAAAAUAGAGCGAAUUUCACAUCUUACUUAUUGCACUGCAGUAAAAUAUCCUUAAUUUAAACUGUUAGUUGAAAGAAAUCUCUUUAAUAUCCCCUAAACUUGAGUGGAUUGCAAUGAUUAUUUGUAAUUGUGAUUUGGGGAUGAUUUGUAUGGUGGCCAAGAAUCGCCACUGCUGCAAAUAAAAAAAGAAUGCAAAAAAAAGAAGUCACAACGGAAGUUACCGAUGCAAAAAAAAAAAAAAGAAACUAUGCAGAUAAAACAGAAAAAAGCCACAACGGAAGUUAACGACACAAAAAAGUGGUGGUGCAAAAAAUAAAAAGUUACUUUUUCAACUUUUUUUUUUUUGCAUUCUUUUUUAUUGCAGCUAUCGGCCACCGUAGCUUUCAAAUAAAAAUUCAACAACUGACCAGAAAAAUUUUGCACUUUUACUUAACUCACUGCUGCACACUGACCAAAAUACAUUAAGUACUGUCAGUCCCUUCAAGCAAAAACAGAUACCCACCCUUUCCUAUGUCCUAAAAUGCCUAGAGCUGAGCAGAUUACCUAGGCCACAAGCUAAUAAAACUUGUCUGGGUGUUUCUGCGUGACUGUUGCAUUAUUUGGUUUGGCGUUGGUAAUUGACCUACACAGAAAAACAAGGUAUCAUGGCUCAUCACAACCAGCCUGAUCAAGAGUAAAGGCUUGCUUAACAGCUCUCAGCAGACACACCCACCUUUCUGUCUUUCUCUCGUUUCAGUAUUACCACAGUCACUUCCUUCAUCCUCUCAGACUGCAUAGCUCCAUUCGUGUCGACUGACCAGAGUCCACGGAUACAGCCCUGCACCUCACACCAUCACUUCAUAUUCAACUUCACCACAUAUAUACAGCAAAGGUAAGAACUGACCCUAGUUAUGAGUGUUUUUUUAUCUCAGCUGAUUAGCUUCCCUUGUUUCUAUCACUAUAAAACAGGUUUGUGCUUUCUUCAUGGUCUUUUCAGCCUUUGGGUAAGUUAUUACUUCACUAAAGACACCCUAAUCCACUGUAUAUUGUCUUUCCCUUGUUCUUUUGGGUUUCUGCUACCAUAUUGUAUAAUGACAAAGUAGUACUAAACAUAAAGCAGCCAGGAUCAGGUAAUCAUUAAAGGGAGAGAAAAGUAUACAGACGUAUCAGUAAAAACAUGUUUGAGCAGUGCCACCACACCUGAUAGAGGUAUGCUCUUAUCUUGCAUUUAUUACUCUUGUUUCUAACAAUGAGUUAGAGAAGGAGUUGUGGAUACGCAGUACACCUUCACAACCCUUACUAGGAAAGAAUCAAGGUAUUCCUCACAGUAAGUAACAUACAAUAGAUACUGGAAAGGUGAAUAUUUAAUUAUAAGGUAAAAUAACACCGCUUAGUAUCCACCGUCUUCAUAACCUUUCAACUUAAAAUGACAGUGUUUUGUUUUUAAGAUGAAUGUUUCUCUACAGCAUUUCCCUGAUCGCAUCCUGAGACCUGCACAUCUGCAGACCAGCCGUGACAACAGCCACAUUCCAGCAACCUCGUCAGCCUCUGUUCAGGCAUGUCGCUCUACAGUUUUGGCCUGGAGCCGCUCUCUUGCCACGCCUGGAACAAAGAUAGGACCCGUAGGUGAACCAGCAAACACAACCACCCUAGAUACAUUUCCUUACAGAAUGAAAAAAAAAUAUGCAUACAGUAAGUGGAGGUACAAGUAUGUGUUCUUUCUCUAUAGCCUGUGGGUGAGACUAUACUGGCAGUCAGAGUGCACAUACUGUUUCCCUUCUCCAAUGCAUUAGAAGUGCAUUACAGACAGCAGAAGGGAAUUUGAUUACCAAUACAGGAAAUGGACUCAGAGUGCACUGAGUUCUACUUCAGCUACAGAUAUGUACAGCUGCUUACGUACUUGACAUUACACUUAUUGUUGAACACUUGCCAGUAACUCGAUUUAUACUCUACAUAUCAGGCUUAACUACAUUUCUCUAAGUCAGCUGUCAGUUAGGAGGAUGAUUCUCAACAACGCCACAGCUUUGCAAGCAUUUCUAUUAAGUCAUGAAAUACUUUAGAUUAAAAAAUGCCUUUUACUUUGUAUUUUAUUUUAAUCUAUGAUAAUUGAUCAAAUUUUCUGAGGUGCAAAAAAGUAAGUGAUUUCAAUGAUAACAUUCAGACCAAAUUUGAUGAUCUUAAGUUUUGUGUUGCAGUGACUUUCUUUUGAGCACAUGUAUUUCUCCGCAGAGAUUGCAGUGAGUCCGAACAACAAUGUGGCGAUAAUCUACGAGAAGAAAGGCAAAGAGUGGGUGAAAAUCCAUGAGCUGACUGAGCACAGUGGACGAAUCACAGGUAAGGGAGCUAUUGGUCAAACUCACCGUGUCAGGAAGAAAGUUUGUUACAUCUCAUAAUUUUUAUAAUCUGAAUUUUAAGAGUGAAAGAUCUUUAUUGACUUUGAUCUGUAUGUAAUAGAUUUACAUCGCCACUGUAAGUCAAAGUACAAAGAUAUUCCAGUUUCGCUUUGAACUACAAGAUUUUUACAAUUAACAUUAAAACAGCCCAAGGUUUGAAUGAUCAAGAACACUGCGCUGAAAUCCCAUAACUGCUCCUUUAAACAGCAAAAUUAGGACCUGAUAUUUCUAAUUUGGACAUGUCUGCAUCUUUAAAAAGUGGUUACAUACUGUACAUACAUUUAGGAAUUGUGUCUGAUUGAAAGUAUGACAUCCUUUCCUUCAAUAUUUCUUCACAACUCCCACAGGCAUUGAUUGGGCCCCAGAGUCCAACCGUAUUGUGACAUGCGCCUCUGACCGUAAUGCUUAUGUGUGGACUCUGAAGGACGAUGUAUGGAAGCCCACCCUGGUCUUGGUGCGUAUUAACCGCGCAGCUAGCUGUGUGAAGUGGUCACCGCAAGAGAACAAGUUUGCCCUCGGCAGUGGAGCUCGAAUCAUCUCUGUCUGCUACUUUGAGAAGGAGAAUGACUGGUGAGCGGAUCACAUUGAAAACAAAAGCUUACAACAGUUCAGUAAAUAAGACCGAAACUGGCACUACAGGUUUUAACCUCACUAUGUUUUAUUGUAGAUACACAGAUUAUGAUCAUAUCUUCUGGGCACAUUCAAAUGCAGCUUUUAAACACACUCUUCCUCCCUCACAGGUGGCUGAGUAAACACAUCAAGAAGUCUGUGCGCUCUACAGUCCUGAGUUUGGACUGGCAUCCCAACAAUAUCCUGCUGGCAGCUGGGUCUGCAGACUUUAACUGCAGGUGAGGAAACUUGCAAAACUAAUGAAAAAGAUGAGAUUUCUUCCCAACUGCCAACCAGCAGCUAAAAGUGUUCACUCUGAUACUCUAAUUUUUCCUCAACUAUACAUAAAAAAUGACUCUUUCUCAAAAACUUAACAAACCUCCAUGGUGGGACUUUCAGGGUUUUCUCAGCUUAUAUCAAGGACAUUGAGGACAAGCCGGGACCCACCGCCUGGGGGGCCAAAAUGCCUUUCGGAGAGGUACUGCUGGAGCAUAAAGACUGUGGAGGCUGGGCGCACAGUGUCUCCUUCUCUCCCAGUGGGGACCAGCUGGCAUGGGUGGCUCACAACAGCAGCAUCGCUGUGGCUGAUGCCACCCAGGGGAAGGAGUGAGUACUGCGGCGGAGAAAACACAAUACAGUCUGUAUCAUUACUUAGUUUAAAGCUCCUGUGAGGAGUUUUUUGACAUUAAUGAAAUAGGCUGAGAUCCAUAUUGAUUAAUUUAUGUGAUACAUGUAAGCAAACAAGACCACCAAGGAGAAGAUUAACAAUAUUUAUAUUGUAGGUUUUGAUGCCUGAAACCAGCACAAGGGGGGUAGGUGACAGCCAGGAAGCUCAAGAAACAGUCUGUUUUUCCGACAUCUACAAAAAAUAUCAACUAUGAACCAAACAUAUGACUGUCAAAAGUCUUCAGGAUGAGGUUCUUUGAACAAAAACUCUACUCAAGCACAUCGAGGACAAGAUUAACCAGAAGUUCCUCACAGGAGCUUUAAACAGAAGUGAAGCAUCUCUUUAAAACUGGGUUGGGCACUAUAUCAUAGAUACAUAUUUCAUAACUGAGGGAAAUUUCCUUUACAUCCUGACAGAUUAAAGAAUGGUCUCUGAACAGCUUACUGCACUUAGCAGCUUAAAUUUUUCAACCCAUACCUCUUUUUUUUUCUUUCAUUUAUUUUCAAUCUGCAUAUUUGACCUUGCACUUAAUUUAAUGUCACAGGCACUUUUUAACAUCUCACCUCUUUCCACCCAGAGUGACCCAGCUGACCACUGGCCAUCUUCCACUGCUGAGCGUGCUGUAUGUCAGCCCCACUGAGAUUGUUGCCGCGGUAAUUAUUCCCACCUGUGUGUGUGUGUGUGUGUGUCCACCAACUCCAGAUGCAAGUUAAACUUCUAGUUAAAAAGAUCACUGAUGUAUUUCAGUUAAAAUGCUUUGUUAGAGCAGUGGCACAGAGUCCUUUGCAAUGUUGAACUGUGAGGAGAAAGAACAGCAGGCUGUGUGCAGAUCACUGAUUUUGUCUCUACUGCCUUCUGGUGGGCAGAAAGUUAUUGAACUGGCAAGAAAAAGUAAAUAUUUAUAUUGAUCGUACAAUAUUUUUGAAGUACAGAUAACUUCUGCAGCUGAAAAUCGUAACCUCACAGUGUAACAGAUAAAAAUAAAAAAAUCUAUAUCUGCAUGGUUUUAGCACAAAAGAAUUAAAGGGUGAUGCAGUUGUCCAAACAAUUUUGAGGUAAAUUGUUGGUUUUGAAUUUGUAAUCAAUUGUUCUCUUUCAAUUAGGGCCAUGACUGUUGCCCAUACCAGUUCAGCUAUAAGGGUCCAGGUUCUCUGGAGUUUGUGAAGAAACUUGACAUCCCAAAGCAGACCUCAAAGACCAGCAUGUCAGCCAUGCAGCACUUCCGCAACCUGGAUAAGAAAGCCACUGAGGAGGACAGCAAUGAGCUUGACACUCUUCACCAGAACAGCAUCACGUAAGGAAACCAAAAACCCUUUAGCUGUCAUGGUAACAAGUUAGACAAUAAGUAAAGACUUUAAGUUGAGAUUUAGAUUUGGACACUGUCAGGUUUAUUGUUCCUGAACCAUGCAGUUCAAAACAAAAUCAAAGUUUCCUUUUAAAGAGGCACAACUAUCUUCUUCAUACAUUUUUAAAACCUUCCCUAACUUUAGUAGGAUUAAAUCAGGUUAGCCAAAGAAAGCUUUGGUGUACUUCUACAUUGGGAUACAGCCAAUCUCACACUGUUUAUUUUGGAAAUUUUUAAUCUCCCUGAAUGAUGAAUUGACUUGUUUUCGAAGCGCUUUUCUAGUCUUUCCCCUAACUCAAACUACUUUUACACUCCUUGUCAUGUUCGCAGUUAAAGUUUCAUAGUAUGAUAAGUUUAUUAUAAAACUGCACAUCAGCGUCUUGUAAGUCUUUCUUGUAUGUGUUGUGUUAUGUUCUUGCAGGCAGCUGUGUGUUGUAUCUGGGGAGAGGGACAAAGUGGAGAAAUACAGCAGUGUGGGUCUGGAUGGAGCCAUGGUGAUCUGGGAUUUUCAGGUACAUAAUAUCCUGUCUUAAAUACAAUAGCCGACUGUUGCGAUUAUUACUAAACUUUAUUAUAAUACAGCUGUCUUGAUGUUGACUUUUUAUGUUAUUUUGACCCUGUAUUCUACACAUUGUGGAGAAGAUAAGAGAUUUCAGGAUACUCAGUUAAUACUCUGACGAAUAAGUAGUAGAGUAAAAACCUGUAUGAUUUAGAGACUGCCGCACAAAAUUGCCACAAUAUUUUAGUGAAUAGGUGUAGGGGGAAAAGUGUUUUAAGUCAUACUUCAAAUUUUAACCAAAACUUUUGCAGAUUUUUAUUCAUACUAAUAAUAUUUUGAUGAAUAAAAAAUUAUAAAUGUUAUUCAGAUCAACAAGUCAAAGCUUUGCAAACAUACUGGUGUCUGCUAUCUUCCUUCAAAACAUCCUGUCAGCACAGCUGUCUGCGAUCAAUUCUAACAGUCUGUUCUUUUGUUUUGCAGCAUUGAGAAACCUCACUUUGUCAGUCCCUGAGGUGUCACACAGGGUCAGCCGACACACUACUCUUCUCAAUCCAUGUGCAAACAGGGGGGUCUUUUUAUGUGCUUUGUGUAACUGAAAGAAAACAUCUGCACAUGCGCUUUUUAAUAAAAAUCCUACUGUAUGCACUGUUUUUGUAUUCAUCACUCUUUUAGUGUUACAUAUUUGUGUCUGAAUGACUGGCCUGUUAAAAAAAAUGACUAAUGACUUUGAGAAAACAGUUAAAUUGGCUUUUAUGACUAUGGAAAAAUGUGCCAGGUCAAAGAACAUCAACCAAAAGUGCUUAUUUUUGCCAACCAAAAUCAUGGACUGUGUGACUGAGGAGCCAGAGAUGAGGAGAAGGAAGUCGUUCUGACUGGAAGAGUGCAGCAGUAAUAAAAGCGUGACUAGAGGGGAAAAGAAAAGAUAUCAGGAGGAGUGGGGAGUUUUGAAGUUGCUGUGGAUGAGAAGGGUGUUAAGAAAUCAUAAUUCACCGUCAAGUCUGGCCUAUUUUUCUACUGUUUAUCUUUAUCUGAAAAGGGUUCUUUCAAACAUGGUUUUGCUCACUUAAUUGCUUCGAGCUAAAUGAAGAAGGGCCUUGUAUCGCUCCUUGUUUGGGGCCUCUGUAUUCUUCAGAUCUCUACUUACUUUUCAGUUUUUAUUAGCUGAAGCUGAAGUCUUUCUGUGUAGCCUCUCACCCUGUUGAUGAAAUGUUAUUUUACUGGGCCCCCCACUUCGUUUGACAGAAAUAAAGAGUUCACUAUCCCCUGA